CUGUGGAUUCUCCGAGAAUAAACCACAACGCUGCCGGUAGCUCCUUUCCACUAUGUCGGAGUCGUUCGCCCAUUCGUUGCUUGUGCCUCUCUUCACUACUAGAUCUCGAGAAGUCGGCUGUGGAUACUCAUCGAAUAAACCAUUGCUUGUGCCUCUUCAACGGACGAAAUGCUGGUUCGAGGUCGCGAAGAAGAAGCGAGGAGACAGAGAAAAAGAAAGAAUAAGAAGAAGAAAGAAGAAGGAUGAGGUAGAGUUUUCCAGAUCAAGUACGCCGCCAAGGCUGUCGAUAACAGUGGGUUUGUUUUGUUGUGCAUUGAGCUUGUCAUUUCAAUUUCCUCAGGAUUUUUUUUUCUGUUGUUUUAGAAUUGUGAUUGGCAUCAAGUGCGAAGCUGGGAUUGUUAUGUUGUUUGCUUGGAAAGCGAAGAAAACCAAGCAGAACAACUAUAAGUUGAAUGAGGAUGAGGUGGAGGAGGUGAAGAAGCUGGUGAGGGAAGAUGGGGACAUAGUGGAUAUCCUGUACCUCACCAGCCCGGAGGCGAUAGAGGCCGCUGAGCUCUAUGGGCCAAGCUCAUUGAGCGAAGCUGAGAUGGAGGAGUUUGUCGGUGCUGCUGGAGGGCUGCGCAUCCCAAAGAAGCCAAGGAAGAAGUCAACGACUUCAGCUGCGGCGAACAGAGGGGUGCCCGAGAAAGAGCGCCUGCCUAGCACUUCUGCUCAAGUGCUGGAGAUACAGCAGAGGCUAGAGCCAGCAAGGGGGGGUAGUAGUGAAGGGGUGAGUGAGGAGGUAGCCCCACUUCAGAGAAAGAAGAGGAAGGUGGCUAAGCCAGAGGUGAGGGGGGAUGAGGUGACUGAGUUCGUGCCUCGCCCUUCUGCUCUUGAAAUCGAUCCUGAAAUUAGGGAGGGGGAAGAGGCCGAGGUGCGAGGUCCUGGCAAGGGCAAGGAGCUCAUCCCUCCUCAUGUGCACGAGAAGAGUCUGUUUGAGGCCGCAAACACGACUGGGGCAAAGCACUUCCUCAACCGUACUCUCCCUGAGGUGGAUAGGAGAAGGGCGAGGGAUGAGGCGGUGAGUCGGCUGGGAGCUACUGUGGUGAGGCAUGCUCUGGAGAGUGCAAGCUGGACAAACGCUUUGGCACAGGAGUACGCGGAGAGCUUGAGAGAGCGUGCCAGCUUGCAGAGGCAGUGCGAGCAGCUGCAGAAGGAGAAUGAAGAGCUACAGAAGGAGAAAGGGGAAUGGGAGAAGGAGAAGAGGGAGAUGCAGAGGAGGCUGGACGAAGUUCUCCCUUUAGUGUCUGAGCUCCAGAACGAGAACGUUGUCCUGAGCACGAACUUGGCCUCGAAGAACGCAAGAGAAAGAUCUGUGAGGAGAAGCUCGAGGCUCAGGACAAGAACACAUUUGCAACUUCCUCUCAACUCCAACACGUUCGAGAGCAUCCUCAAACUCUACCGGCUGCCAACCGCCAUCCUGGCCUUCACCGACUGUAGAAAGAAGGUGAAGGCCCAGUACCCAGAGGUGGACGUGACAACGAUCACCUUUGGGGAACAAGAGGAAGGAGUGGAGGAAGAUGGUGAGAGUCUCUGUGCUGACUUCCGUCCUCAGAUUACUCUAAGGUGGGAGCGUGAUGCAGAGGGGCGCACCAUUUUUCCUCCAACCUUUGAUGCUGAGUUGGUGGCCGUGGAGGGAGAAGAAGAAGAAGAAGAAGGAGCGCAAGGCGCUGGAGUUGAGGAUCAGGCAGCAAUGGCCGAAGUGCGGCCUCCCGAAGUGCAGCCAGUCUCCUCUGACAAGGUGCAGCUGCUGGCCCUUCCUGAGGCAGAAGUGCCGCCCCUACCUACUGGAGAUGCACCGUCUCAACCCCCACUCCCUGCGGAGGAGCAGCCUCCUCCUCCAGCAAAGUAGUUUAGAAUUUUUCUUGUAAAAACAAUUUUGUUAUAAAUUGUUUAUGAAUUCAUAAAAUUUUGUUUUGAAGUUAUUUUGAUGCGUGUUUGGUAUUUUUGUUCCAAGUGAAUUACUUCAGAUGAAAUAAAGUUACCUUAAUUAA